GCGCUGGCCAAGCACCCUUCAUUCGAUCAACCAAACUCGUACAACGCAUCACAGGCUCACAGCACAACCUCCUUCACUCGAAGCGGGGUGUCCUCUCCUUCUUCUUCCAUAUCGCUAUUCGUGAUCGCCGCUAUUUACCUUCCCCCCCUGAAGGUCCGCUAUGCAGCGAUAGCUUCCGUGCACCGAGACCCUCCGCCGGAAACCCUGAGAUUCGCGUCCGCAUAACACAACUAAUUGCAACCCAUGGCGAGCUCGUUCGAGAAGUCUGUGAAAGGCGGCACUAAGAUCAAGCUUGCCGCGCCCAAAUCAAAAUAUGUCGAACAUAUCCUCGUAGCCACUCACGCGGGUGAAGCCGGUGUCGCCGAAAUCUUUCGAGCCCUCACGAAUCGAUUGCGCGACUCUACAUGGACGAUUGUGUUCAAGUCCCUCAUCAUCGUUCACCUCAUGAUCCGGGAGGGACAGCCGGAGGUCACACUCAGAUAUCUAGCACAAAACCCUAGGCGGACCCUCGCUAUCAAUCAUUUUACUGAAGUGCAAACACAGGGCCAUAACAUCAAGACCUAUUGCGAUUACCUCCUUAUUCGAGCGAAGGAGUUCCAAGCAACAAAAAUUGACUACGUUCGGGGCGGUGAAGGUCGAUUGAAGAAGCUGAACAUCGAGAAAGGCUUGCUCCGAGAGACAGAGAGUGUGCAAGAGCAAAUUCGGUACUUGCUCAAAUGCGAGCCAUUUCAUGAUGAGCCAGAGAAUGAAAUCACUCUGACUGCAUUCCGUCUGCUGACUAUGGAUCUACUUGUCCUUUUCCAUGUUAUGAACGAAGGAACAAUCAAUGUCUUGGAACACUACUUCGAGCUGUCGAAGCCCGAUGCAUCACGAGCUCUGAAUAUUUAUCGGACAUUUGUGAAACAAACCGAGGCAGUCGUACAAUAUCUGAGUAUCGCACGGAUGCAUGAACAUUCCACCAGGUUGGAGAUCCCAAAGAUCAAGCACGCUCCUACUAGCCUGGCAGCAUCCCUAGAAGAGUAUCUCAACGACAGGGACUUCGAGAUCAACAGGAGGCAAUAUUUAGCAGAGAAGGAUGCCAAGAGGAACGGAGGGAAAUCCACCAGCAACGGCGCAAGCAGGUUUGCCCAGGAGCCUGAGCCUGCUCCCUCAAAGACAGCUGUGUCACAACAAUCAGCACCGGCCUCUAGACCUGCCGCCAAUGCACCUCUGAUUGAUUUCUUCGAAUCCAUCCAAGACAAUCAGCAGACUUUAGCUCAACCGCAGCCUCAGCUACAGCAAUACCCUCAACAGACAGGCUUUCAGCAACCGCAGCAGACUGGAUUCGAACAGCCAAGCUUUCAAAUCCCACAACAGACGAGCACUGUUGGCUACCCUCAACAGCAGGGCCAGAUGUUUGGGCAGCAGGGCGGACAAGGAACGAAUCCGUUUGCCCCGAUGCAGCAAAACCAGAUUCCUCAGGUACCCCAACAACCUCAGCUCCAAACGCAGUUCACUGGGGCUGGUUUUGGAGGCUAUACGCAACAGCCCUUCAGCCCUCAGAGUUCGACCUUAUCACCUAUACCACAAAAUGGGGUACCCAACUUCGCUUCCCAAGCUCCACCACAGCUAUCGCCAGCAGACGCUCUGCAGCCUCAGCAGACAUCGACGAAUCCAUUCCGACAGUCAAUGCUUGCACCGAAUGCGCCAAACGCGGCCGAGCCCAAGCUACUGAACAAUCCCACAGGCGUUAGUUCGCCGCUUGCUCGAUCACCUACGAAUCCUUUUGCGAAGCACAGCACGGGCGCCUCUCCAUCCCCCUUCUCCUCUCUACCGUCUAUACAAGAGCCGCAGGCUGGAAGUCCUUUUGCUCAGCAGCAGCAGCCACUACAGCCGACCCCGACAGGCACCAACCCCUUUGCCCGAAACACGUCGCCGAUUCAGAAUCCCAUGUCUCCACAAGGUGGCCUCACCGUGCAUGCGACUGGCAGUACCAAUCCAUUCCGGCAGAGCGCUUUCGUGAACCAACAAACGGGCCAAGGGUGGCAAAACUCUGGAAACCAGGGAACACUGGGCGGGAUGAGCAUCGACAGUGUUCCGACCUCGAAUGUAUUUCCAAGACCAGGGCAGCAACAAGGACAGCAGCCGGGACAGUUCUUGUGAUGAGGCCUUGGGGGGGGAUGAUGGCAUGAGGUCCAUAGUCUAUGACUCCAUGCCAGCCGUGUGGUUAUACCCGGAUCCGCAGAGUCCGAUGCAUGAGAGUAGUUAUUUCAUUUUGUGCGAUUUUGUGUAAGGACAUUUUGAGCCAUGGCGUUGUAUUCCACCAGAUGGGCUUUUGAGUGCAGUAACGUUUGGAGCGUCAAGUGAAGGUUAAGUUGAGCGAGCAAAUAUGAGCUGCGGAAUGGAAUUUGCGGAAGGAUGUGUAAUUCGAAUAUAAUGGGUACGCCGAGCCAAGUCAGUUUCCGGUCUCUCCUACUUGUGGCACAUUGGAUAGCUUGCGUGCUGUAAGGUAUUAUGUACUGUCACACAAUAGAUUAUUAGUAUUAUUAGUAGUAUGUAGGAGGUAUCAAGAAGGCUCAACUCAAG